UCCUUGUGUGCACACGGGUGGGUGAGUAUAGGAGCGGUGAGACCACACUUGCCAGUGUCUAAGGAGGCAGCCGGAGCCGGCCAGUCAUGAGGAUGGCAGCGGCGGCAGCGGUGGUGCUGGUGUUGCUGCUGAACACAGUCUCAGCUCAAAGCUUUGCAGGAUGUCGGGUGUGCCAGGACAAGUGCGUGUCGGUAUCACGCGCAGACGGAUCAUGCCCAGUGUGUGUGUGUGGCAGGGUGGCACUGCCUGACUGUGCCGCCAACGCCACAAUGGAAUGCGCACCAGGCUGCACUGUGAGUCCAGGACCUGAUGGCUGUGGUGGCUGUGAUUGUCCUCCUCCUGAACCCGCGGUGUGCCCCCUCGCUCCCUGCCCCUCAGACUGUCAGACAAUCUUGGAUGAUAAUGGAUGCCCCGGGUGUGUAUGCACCUCCGCGCGAGUCUCUUGUCCCACCCCCACCUGUCACGAUGGAUGCACCGAGGAAGUUGGGGACGACGGGUGCCGCCGGUGCCGCUGUGACGGCCCUGGGACCUGUCCUGCCAUGCCCGAGUGUCUUCGAGGAUGUAUUGACAGAGACGAUAACAGCGGCUGCUUUUUUUGCAAUUGUACUCUCCCUCCAUCAAAUUCAGCUGAUCCUUCAGUACGUGCACCAACGUCCUUGGGAGCUCAUACAACACCAUUUGGAUUUGGACCCUUUGUAAAGUCUCCUGCUGUAGGAUUUGCAUCACCUGAGCGGCCUUUGAGGGUUUCUGGAACUCAAGUCAGCCGCAAGCCCAGGUGUCGCAGCGGGUCACGUUUGCGGUGUCCUCUAGGCUGCAAAAUAGCUAUUGGUCCCGAGGGCUGCCGCGAGUGUUACUGUGGGGAUGAUGCUUACCUAUGCCCUGGUGUGCCCAGAUGUGUCAACCGCUGUCUAUUCCUCAGCCCAGAAGACAGAUGCUGCCGAUGUCAAUGUUCCCAACAAUCUGGAGGUUCCAUCUUCGGGGUUAACAUUGAGGGUAAUCCCUCCUUUCCUUCAUUCACGCAUUUCGGAUCGUUUGGACACAGUAGACGGAACCAUCCUACCACUGUACACACUGGAUUUCCGGGACUUCCAUUUUUUCCAUACCUAAAUUCCAAAAGCGAUAUAAUCAUUGAAAUUGACCCAUCUACUUCCACCAGGAUGGCUUCGCCAAAUCAACAUUACCCUGCAUCAACACGCUCUAAUGCAAGGCCUAAUAACGCUCUCGCUGCACCAACAAAUCGUAGAGCAGGAUCAAAUGAUCCUCUUGCUUUGGCAGCAAAUCCUGUUUCAAAGGACACCGAAGCUACAUUAAAAGAUCCUGCUGUAUCACGAGCAGAUCCCCCAAAUCAGCCAACAAGUCCUGUCAAAUCUCCAACAGACUCUUCUGUUGCCCCAGCAGAUCCUUCUAAUCCACCAACAGAUCGUACUAAUCCAAAAACAGAUCCUGCUAAUUCACCACUAGAUCCUGCUAACCCACAAACAGAUCCUGCUAAUCCACCAACAGAUCCUGAAAAUCCACCUACGGAUCCUACUAAUCCACCAACAGAUCCUACUGAUCCAUCAACAGAUCCUGCUAAUUCACCACUAGAUCCUGCUAAUCCGCCAACAGAUCCUGCUAAUCCACCAACAGAUCCUGAAAAUCCGCCAACAGAUCCUGCUAAUCCACCAACAGAUCCUGUUAAUCUGCCAACAGAUCCUGCUACUCCGCCAACAGAGCCUGCCAAUCCACAAACAGAUCCUGCUAAUCCACCAACAGAUCCUGAAAAUCCACCAACAGAUCCUGCUAAUCCACCAACAGAUCCUGCUAAUCCUCCAACGGAUCCUGCUACUCCACGAACAGAUCCUGAAAAUCCACCAACAGAUCCUGCUAAUCCACCAACAGAUCCUGCUAUUCCGCCAACAGAUCCUACUAAUCCACCAACAGAUCCUGAAAAUCCACCAACAGAUCCUCCUAAUCCACCAACAGAUCCUGCUAAUCCGCCAACAGAUCCUGCUAAUCCGCCAACAGAUCCUACUAAUCCACAAACAGAUCCUGCUAAUCCACCAACAGAUCUUGCUAAUCCGCCAACAGAUCCUGCUAAUCCACCAACAGAUCUUGCUAAUCCGCCAACAGAUCCUAAUAAUCCACCAACAGAUCCUGCUAAUCCACCAACAAAUCCUGAAAAUCCACCAACAGAUCCUGAUAAUCCACCAACAGAUCCUGAAAAUCCACCAACAGAUCCUGCUAAUCCACCAACAGAUCCUGAAAAUCCACCAACAGAUCCUGCUAAUUCGCCAACAGAUCCUGAAAAUCCACCAACAGAUCCUGAAAAUCCACCAACAGAUCCUGAAAAUCCACCAACAGAUCCUGUUAAUCCACCAACAGAUCCUGUUAAUCCACCAACAGAUCCUGCUGAUUCACCAACAGAUCUUGCUAAUCCACCCGUAGAUCCUGAAAAUCCACCAAUAGAUCCUGCCGGUGCAGUAAGAGAUGUCACUGACUCACCAUCAACAGAAACAGAAGUACCUCUACCAACACUUACGCAACAACAGCUAAGACAGAUCCUGCCGUUGCUACAAAAGUUACAGCAGGUCCUGCCUCUGGACUAAUAUAUCCUGCCGCUGGACUUACAGAUCCUGCCUCUUGAUUAACAGAUUCUCCUGCUAGCAUAACAGAUCCUGCCACUGGGCUAACAGAUUCUGAAUUUGGGCUAAGAGAGCCUACGUCUGGACUAACGGAUCCUUCUGCUGGACAAGAAAGAUCCUUCCGCUGGACCGAAAACAUCCUGCUGCUGGAUUCCGCGUCUGCACUAACGGAUUCCGCCCUAACUCUGACAGUUCCAGCAGAUUUUGAUACUGUUCUUAGACGUCUCGUCGAAGAGCUGGACGUUCAGGGCACCUUCCAGACGGCGACUCUCCGGUCGAGGCGUUAUGGCUUUUCCCAAACAUCCAGAGGCAUCACAUCACUGCUGCGCCCCACCGUCCAGAGGCACCGUUGCUGCUCCCCACCGUCCAGAGGCAUCGUUGCUGCUCCCCACCGUCCAGAGGCACCGUUGCUGCUUCCCACCGUCUAUUGACUUUACAAAUGUUUACAAAGAAGAAGAGCAUAGUCUGUCUUUAAUGUGUUGCUAGUAAUAAUUUUUCAUGUGUGGUGUCACCUACAAGGUAGCGUUGACUUUUGUUGUAUUGUUAAUAUUGUCAAAUAUAUUGAAAGGUGCAAUAUUAAUAUGAAAUAUUAAUAGUUAUAUUCUUACAUUUACGGAAAUAUGAAGCUUCAGUUAAUGUGUGUUGUAGGAUUGUGACUUGUUCCUUUUAAAAAAUAUUUUCGAGUUCCUCUAUCAUUACGAUAUUGAUAAUAAAUUUUAUAUAAAAUUC